AUGGGGAGAGGUUGCCUCAACUGGGAAGGAAAAGAAAUCUCCCUCGCAGCAUACUCUGCUCCCGUGGUCAGCAUCAUGAAGUCCCGGAUGCCCCUGUCCUUGACACUCCUCUGUGUGGUGCUGCUGUGCGUGCUGGGAGAAAUGAAGUCAAAACAUGAUGAUGAGCUGCUGGUGGAGGAGUGCUCAGGAGAGCCAAACAUAGUAGACUGUGCCCAGAAGUGCUCGAGGACCUUCAAAUGUGCCCAGAAGAACCACGUGUGCUGCUGGACCUACUGUGGUAACAUCUGCUGGGAAAAAGAAUACCUUGAAAACCUGUGA